GAGCAGUUCAAACAGUUGAACAUUAAAUCCAUCAUUAAUAUGCAGCUCCCCGGGGAACAUGCUCACUGCGGCCCUCCUCUGGACCCUGGCAGUGGGUUCACAUAUUCACCUCAGAUCUUUAUGGACAGUCAAAUUUACUUCUAUAACUUUGGGAUGUCUGAUUUUGGUGUGUCGUCUCUGGAGGGGAUGCUGGAUGCCGUGAAGGUUUUGGCCUUCUCUGUGCAGGAAGGAAAGGUGGCUGUUCAUUGCCAUGCUGGACUGGGAAGGACAGGUGUUCUUAUCGCAUGUUUUCUGGUCUACACCUGUCGAAUAAGCGCUAGUGAAGCGGUCCACUAUGUUCGGAUCAAAAGGCCUCACUCAAUCCAGACGCGAUCCCAGAUCAAUCUGGUAUUUGAUUUUGCACGGCUGGUGGGCUCUCAGCUGGCCCAAUACCCAUGUCUGAACAUGCGCCACGGUUCCUCCUUCAGUCUCCGGCAGUAUCUCCUGCGUCAGGUCCUUCUGCUGCACGGGGACGAGGCCCGAACCCUCAAACACACUCCCAAGAUCCUGCAUGUCCUCUGCAGCAUGCUGAUCACUCUCACCCAGGGGGCUCCCAGUCCUCCAGAGGUCCAGAGAGAACUGGAGAAGAGGCUGAACAUUUUGGCUCUGAAGAAGGCAGUGAAGGUGACACUUUUGAAGAGAAACCUGCCUGCUUUGAAGGAAAGGAGAGGUUCAUGCAGAGCGUACUCCUGCGAGUCCUGGGAUGAGCCAUUUGGGUUCUUGGAGAGGAAGAGAGACGUCCUUCUAAACAAGCGAAGCUACAGCGAGUCAGAUCUUAGCAAGAUUACUAUCAUCGAGGAUUUUAUGUUGUCACGCUACUCUCCUAAAUCUGGUGGACACCAUAAAUUAAGCAAUGGAGAAAUCGGUCCAUCAAAAGAUCAGAGAAUCCCAACAGAAUCCCAAAAGAGUCCUCACACCCCGAUGGCAGACCAGUGCAAUGGGACGGAGAGAUGCAGCCCCUAUCCACCAUCAGCUCCUCACUCACAUAAUGAGACGGUGAACAAGAAGACGAAAUGCACAACCAAGAAACCUCAAGCUUACCUGAAGUACAGCUCAAACACCGAGCUACGGCUGGAGUAUCAUACAUCAGUUCAAUCAUCAUUAUCAAGAGCUGUCGCUGAAGCAAUGGCGCAACAGUGCCUUCCACUUGACACUGUAUUGAAAAAAGCAGUGGUUUUGCAGGAUGAGCUCAACUUGAGUGAAUGUGGCUGGGCUACACUUGUCAUGGAAACAGAUCCAGAUGUUCUGAGCACACUGUUAUGGAUCUGGCUGGAAAAACUAAAGGAUCCUGUUCUCAAUAAAGAUGACAUAGAGAGGCUGACCUCAGCCUGGCCUGCGCAAAACCCCCUUAUUUCACUGCAAAAGUGUCAGCGGCACACCAUCUGCUGUUUGCUGGACUGUGUGGGUCAUGUGGCGGUUCAAUGUCCUCAGUUUGAACAUGCUAUACUACAGAGGCUCAUUCGAGCUUUAACAAGACGUCAUCCAGAGGAAAUAGAGAGAAACAACAUCUUGUUACGGGUCCUCAGAGCUAUAAUGAGAGAGCAGUACCUACACAACCACUACCCAAGUACUACAACACCAUCAAAGUGCUAGGAGCAGUGGUUAAACUAAUGAAACCAAUAAAGAUAUCUAUAGAAAGAACCAUUGUUUGACGGUAUAGUCGAAUGACUGAUCGAGUUAUUGAUUUCUAUUUCAAUGUGCACAGUACUCCUCAUAACUAUUUAAAUACUUAUUAUAUCAUGUAUAAAAGUGUCUGAAUGUUUUUGCAUUAGUUAAGAAAAUAUCAAACCAAGGGGUGUCUGCAAAAUGAACUGUUCUAGCCAUUUUUGUCUUUUUUUUUAAAAGAGUA